AUGAUUUGUGUUGAAGAUGGUUGGGAUACAACUGCUCAAUUUGUUUCAAUAACAACAAAUAAAAGUGGUUUUACACCAGUUUUUCUUCAAUUUCUUGCUCUUGUUGAUCAAGAUAUUAAUCAUAAGAUUGAAUUUGAAUUGAAACAAUAUUAUCUUCGUUUUCUUGCUUAUCAUCAUUUAUCAAAUCAUUUUAAAAAUUUUAUACUUGAUUGUGAUUGUGAACGUAAAAAGGAUCGUAAUUGGUAUGUUGAUACAACUCGUGAUUCAUUAACGAGUGAUAUUACUGUGAAUCGAGAAUCAGCUGGAUUUUAUAAUUUUCUUUAUUCAUCAUCAAAUGAUAUUUGUGUUCUUCGUGCAUUAUAUAAAAAAUUUGCAUUUGAUAUGUGGGAUUUUUAUUUAAGUGAUUGUUCAUAUAAUCUUGAUAUAGCUCUAGCUGAACAUGAAGAACAUUUAAAUGGUGCAGAAUUCAAACAACGUACAAAAUGUAUAUCAGCUAUUUAUGAUGAUAUUAGUAUUUCUUUACCAGAUUUUUUUAAUGAUAUCCGUCUAUCAAUGCAAGAUAAAGCAUAUAAACAAAUGAAUUCUCAUCAAAAUUAUCUUCAGCCUCAACGAUCAUUAUCAUCAUCACGUACAUCAUCAAUGUAUGGUUCUCAUGCAUAUGAAUUCAAACAAUUUACAACACCACAAAUUUUUGAUGCUUGUGAUGAAUUACUUAAUUCAGCAAAAUCACCAAAUGAUUCGUAA